CUACUCGUCAGCGCGCUGCCCUGCUUGUCCACCUCCCCUUCUCUUCAUCCGCACCCGCAUCCCAGUCUUCCAAGAGUAGGUUUCGACUCGAGACUCGAGGCAGUGCCGCUAAGGAGCAUCUUGCCCAGACCAUCGUCCAGAAAUCAGCACCGCGCUGCCCGAGUUCGCCUGUCACCUCUCCUGCGUGCACGCAUGGCGACGAUGCGACUCGCGCUGGGCCUUCUCGCCGCGGUGGCUCCCGCUCCGAUUUCGGCGACGACGUGCCUCGAGAGUGGACACGUGCCCGGCGGAAAUCUGAAGCUCCCUUUCCAGCGCAAGAACGUUGUCACCGAGGAAGGACAAGAGAUGCCCUUGGGCGUCGUGCAUGGCUGGUGGACUUCGAGCAAGCUGCUCAGCCACAUCUUCAAGAUCAUCGCGGAGGAGGCAGUCGGCUACAACGUCACGAUCGCAGCGAGUACGUUGGGCAACUCUGGUCAGUCGGUGUACGCCAUCGGAGGUUGCGAAGAUUUCGGCAGUGAUUGUUGGCAGAGUCUGAAAGCGCAGGACCCUGAUGGCAAGAUCCUCUCGCGGAAUCAUUUUGCCUUUGAGAUUUGGGAGAACUAUUUCCGUCAACAGAUGGACGUAUGGACCAGCAACUAUCCAGAGAAGGCGCCCGAGGAGAUCGGCACGGUGGGCUAUUACGGCGACGAGGGGGUCUUCAUCAAUCCGAUCUCCAACAAUGCUGGUCUCAGACAGGACAAGCUGAUCCUCGACUGGUACCGCGGCUAUAACACGUCUGAGUUCAGCGCCGAGGCAUUGAGUAGACACUUCACAAAGCUUAGUGAUCUAGGUCGUCUGCUGCCCAAUUUCACCAAUCAUUCUUCCUACUUCUUCACGUGCGAUGAGCUGAGGCUGACGGAGAUGCCUUACCGCGUGAACCCGAUCCUCAGGGACUACCACGUCCAGUUCCCCAACGACACGACGGUGAGCUACAACGAGAGCACGCAGACCGGAGAGUGGCAAUGCGACUACGAGGGCAUUUGGUGGUUGUCCCCUGCCUGCCGCGAGGAUCCAGACACGUGCAUCCCUAUCAUCACGAUGGAGUUCUGGGGGAACGCCAUCCUACACCAGGCAUCAUACUUCCACAUGCCCAUCGCGCUCGCGAGCAUUAGAUCUUACGGAGACUGGACGAGCAUCAUCGCAUCGCAGAUUCCGCUGACGUACUGGUGGUACCCAGACGAUCUGUUCAUCAAGAGCGAUCUCAAGAUAAUAGCUUUCCCGCCCUACAACAAGGAGCAGUACGAGAUCCAGGGGCUCCAGGUCUCUCAGCUGCAGGCCAUCCCGCUGAGGAAGCUGAUGGCCCGGGGCUUUGGCAGCGUUGCUGGCGACGCCGCGCUCGUGGCCAAGGAGUUGUGGGUUCCCGAGAGCAACAUUAUUGCGAUGAUGAAGAGCACCACCGAUGGCGCGACCGUCGAGGACAUGGCCUGCGAUUGGGUGCGUGCGAACACAGAGCUGUGGCACCAGUGGCUGCCAGGACAGCUCGUGUGCAAUCCAGGUCAGGGUCUCGUAAACAAGGACGGCGAGUUCCUGUCGUCGAGCCUGAACGCGGAUAGUUGCGGCUGGUGCGAGCCAGGGACUUACAGUGCCUUCUGGAACGGAACCGAGCAGACAAUCUGCUCCUCCUGCCCGGCUGGCUCAUUCCAGAAGUCUCCCGGUCAGACCGCAUGCGAGCCGUGUUCGUCUGGAAAGUUCACAGACUCCCAGGGCAACACCGCGUGCACGGAUUGUGCGGUGGCCACUUACGCCGAAGGCAGCGGCAACACGAAUUGCACGAGUUGCCUUGCGCACGAGAGCACCAUGGUCCGUGCCGCCGAGACCUCGUGGGACUGCGUUUGUGACGCGGGUUACUACCGUGCGGCGGGCCACUCGGAGUCGUCCGGCGCAAGGACCGACUGCAAGGCGUGCCCGGCGGGCAUGGAAUGUGAGAAGGGCAACGAUGCGCCGAUGGUCAGUGCCGGCUUCUGGGUCAGCGAACAGAAUGGGAUCGACAGGGAGUACUCCGUCUACCGGUGCCAGAACGACCUGGAGUGCCCGGGAGGAGAAGCCGGCACGUGCGCGGCCGGGCGCGAUCCUUCUGUCAUCGGCUGCGCCUCUUGCAGGCCCGCCUAUCACAGGGCGUCGAAGGGCGAAUGCACGAAGUGCGAAGGAAGCGCUUGGUUGCCCCUCCUCGGGGCCAGUUUCCUGGUCGUAUGUGGGCUUUCUGCGGUGGCGUUCUUCGCAAGGGUGGACGUGACCAAGAUCAGGAUGAAUACCGUCUCUGUUGCCAUCUGCAUGAGCCAGACGGUGAUGAUUGUCCAGACGAUGUCUUUAUUUUUCACGAUGAAGAUCGACUGGGUCGAACCGAUGAGGAGCAUGCUGAGUACUUUCUCGAUCGCGGCCUUCAAUUACUCGGCGCUGAACCUCUCGUGUGGGGUCUCUGACUCGGACUCGGUGGCAAAAUAUGUUCUUCAGCUGCUGUCCUUCCCUCUGGGCUUGUCGCUGCUGUGCGCGAUAUUCGCCAUCAUGCACUUCGCGCUCGGGAAGCCCAUCAGCAAGGACCACGUCAUCAACUCCGUCGGCGUGCUCACCCUCGUGCUGUUCCUCAUGCUCAACAUGACCGCCCUGAAGCCGUUCCACUGCGUCAGCAGCCCCAACGGAACAUCCUCACUGUCAUCCAACCCUUCCAUCAUCUGCUACGUUGACUCUGAGUGGGUUGCCAUGGCCGUCAUGGGCACCAUCGCUGUGCUCGUAUACGGAGUCGGUUUCUUCUCGAUCGUUCUGUACAUUACCAUCAGUUACCCCGCCCUGGCGCUAUCUGCGCGCGGCUCGAUCAUCAUGUCCAGGUACCGAUUCAUGUUCCAGCGUUUCACUGCCAAGUGCUUCUACUUCACCCCUAUCUACCUGAUGCGUACACUGUUCAUCGCGCUGAUCCCAGUGAUCUUUGCCGACUACGGCCACCGACAGAUGAUCUUCCUGGUUCUCACGAUGGUGGUGUUCGGUAAGAUUCACGCGACGUAUCAGCCUUGGAGGGGCGCGAUCCCGAACAUGUUGGACGUAUGGGUGAUGGGGUGCAUGAUCCUCCUGCUCACCUGCUCCUCGCUACUGAUCAAGGUCGACGGGGACGAGAUGGUGGCGGACCUCGAGGUCUUCUUCACCAUCAUCAUGGUCUUCGUAUUCGGCGCGGUCGGCAUCUUUUUGGCCUUCCUUGCGUACCGCCGGUUUGUGCCGAAGGACCGGUGGACGGCGUUCCUGUGCCACAUCCCAGACACCGCCAUGACGGCCCGUUGGGUCAAGAUAGACAUGCAAAAGAGGAUCGGUGACAAGAAGGGUAUCUUCUUGGCCGCGGACAACCUCGACUGGAACCUGGAGGACAUCUUCGACUUGAUGCGCUGCCAGCUGGCAGUCCUGGCCGCCCAAACGGGGCAGGAGCACUGCUGUCGGAGGAUCGCGCCGCAUCGCUGCCUACGUCGCCGACGCAUUGGCGAUGACGUGCGACCCCCUUACAUUUCGGGCGCUGAAGUAAGACCCGCUUGUCGCCCAGGAGGGGCUCGGGCUUCGGGCCGUUCCUUCCAUGAUAUGUCGGGGGACCUGCCUGUGGCCCAGGCCCGCCGAGGCCGGGAAAAAGCCUUCUCGCUCUUCGGUGUGCGCUGCUUCUCUGGUGGUGCGGUGCCUGCACUCCGCCUCUGCCCUGGCCUCCUUCGGGCGCCACCGCCGCCUCCAGGCAGACAACGUCGUGGUCCUCCUCUCGGGCGGCACCCUCUCCAGCCCGCAGUGCGCCGGGCAGGUCACCACCGCCCACACGAACGGCGUGCGGCUUGUGCCGGUCGCCCUGGACUCCUACACCGAGCUGUGCGACGCCGACCUCGACGAGGCGGCCAUCGCGACGCGCUGGUCCGCGGAGGCGUUCCGGCGCUGCACCGCCGAGGGCAUCUCGCUGGCCAUGGUGAAGGACGCCUACUCCUACCUGCGCGGCGCCUCCAAGAUCUCCUGCCGUGUGGUGGCGAACCGCUUGGCCAGCAGCCACGGUGCGUCCCUGCAGGCCAUAGCCAUGGUGUCCAGCACCUGUGGAGCAGGCAAGGCGGCGGACGGCCCCGAGGACGACGACGGGGAGUACGACGUGGGCGUCGUGGCGGACGUCUGCGACUCGGAGGCCAUUGCGGCGGCGGAGGUGCUGAAGAGCAUGGUCGGCGCGAUCAAGGGCUGGAAGCUCAAGGGUUUGAUGCAGGACUCCGAGGUGCGCCAGGCUCGAGCGCCCUCCCAGCUGCUGGUGGUCGUCCUCACCCGCGGGUGCCUGGGCUCCGAGUCGUUCGUGCAGACCGCGGCCGCGGCGCUGCAAGCCUGGCCGUCAGCGCCGAUGCUCGCCGCGAGGGCCGAGGACUUCAGCUUCCCCACGGUGGACACGAUGCAGAAAGUGCUAACCCCGCAGAUCGCCAGGGGCGCCGAGAUCCCAGAGGCCCACGUGUCGUCGAGCUACGCUGCGCUGCUCGCCAGCCCCAGUGUCUCCUUCGUCGCGAACGCUCGCAUGUCGUCCCUCGAGAAGCAGGUCGGCUACCUCGUCGAAUGUGCUGCGGAGGUCGUAACGGGCGUGAGGGGUCCGUCGAUCACCAGCUGCGCCGAAGAGGUCGUCAAGGACGUGGAGGUGGCGCCCCCCGUUGAGCCCCCCGAGUCGAAUGGUCCGGAAAACACAGCGGUGAGUAAUGUGUAAUACGCUUCGUGAGUUCAGCCUGGUCUCUCUCUCUCUCUCUCUUUUCUACCUCUCUCUCUCUCUCGGUCAAUAUGUUUCGGCAUCGACUGGUUCAUCUCUACGGAUAGGCAUGUCGGCGCAGUCCCGUAUUAUUAGAAGCUGCUGAUACGGACUGCACCAACCAGAAGCCCCUCUGCUGUACUAUGUACGGCUUCUAAGGGCCUUUGCCAGACGAUGUCUAGCCUCGCAGAUCUCGUCCCGGUGAGUCCAUGUUUCGAACAUGAGCCCAGUGUCUCCAAGGCUGGUGCAGGAUCCACGUCUUUUUUUCUCCCACGGUUCCCCUUUUUAGGCGAUGCAGCAUUUUCCCCGCGGCUGCUGCCUGGGUGUUCCCGAAUGUCAUCUCCGUUCCCAUGCCGAAUAUAGGCUUUUUCAGUUCAUAAGCACAAAAUCCUUUACCGUCUGUACAUAUGCAAAGGACACAUAGGGUAUGAGCCCAACUCGAGCAUAGUGGGAGUGCUCCCGAAUGCUCCCAAAUGAUGCCGGGCGCGUCUGAGUUACGACAAGGCAGCGAACGCAACGUCCGAGGUUGCCCUCCAGACCGCGCUCACUUCCGCCCGUGCAAAGGACAAUCAGGAGAAGAGGAAAUACCGCUUCCCCGCACGCGCACAAGUGUACCCUGUCGUA